AUGUCUAAACUCUCACCCUCCUUGAAAGCCUUGAUAAGCGCACCACAUGCCCGUCCUGGAUAUGCUCCUGCACCCAAAAAUAUCCGCGCAGUAUUCCAAAAGAUAAAGGAGGAAGCCUCCACGAACAAUGUUGGACUGGCAUCAUGGCUGACAAUCUCGACAGCUGCGACUAUGACGAUGAAUUCUCCCGACUCAAUGUUGGAGCUCUUCCGACUUGCGACUAAGGACAAGGAUCAUGCGCAGACGGUGAAAACCGUGGAGCAGAUGAGGGAAGUAGGCUUGAAAUAUUCCAAGAACAAUCAAUGUUCUAGUGAAUUGGAAAGUACCAAUGUUGAAGACACCAAAAUCCGAGGUCGCGGACUAUGGGAUUCCAUUUACCGGCCCUUUGAAGCAAAAUUACUCGACAAGCUCGCAGAAUCGCAUCCAGAUCUCCCUGUUUUCAUUCUGAAUUGUUACUCAAGCCUCUUCAGCGACCCUCCUAUUUCAUCACGACCAGUAAAGAUCGGCAGAGUUCUGACAAGUUUGAUCGGUAUAACAUGCUUAAGAGCACAAACAGGAGUGGGUCCACAGGUCACCAGCCAUGUAUUUGGUUUACGGAAAGCGUUUGAGGAUGGUACGUAUAAAGCAUCCGGCGAAGAACCUGUGGAGGGAGGAGAAUGGUUAGCAGGUGAAGAAGGAAAUGCAUGGAUUCUUAAUACAGUAGAUAAGAUCGUCGAAGCUAUUGGUGGAGCGAGUAGAGGAACGACAUUCGCGCCUGGUAUUAAAGCAAAAUUAUAG